AUGCGCCAGCUACCAGCUACCCACUGGUAUGGUAUGGUAUCCAUGCGUGCGUCCAUGCCCAUCUGCCAUUCCGUUCGCGCCGCUGCGCGUCCGCCUCCCCAACCAACCGCCCAAGUAAAACACCACCGGCUUCCAGGCCCCUCCCCAAUCCGUAUCGUAUCCCACCACCACCUGUACUCGUGUUCGUGUAGCAGCCGCCGCCCGAGCCGAGCGCAACAGAAAACCAGACGCGACGGCACGCCCUUUGAAGGCCUGCCCGCCCUCUGACUUCGACCCGGCUCGGACGCCGUCUCCCUCUCGCCCUGUCCUGUGCCGGACGGAACGGCCCCGUCUCUUUUAUAUACUCCCCGCCUCACCUUCCCCUCUUUGCAGCGGCGGAUCAUCAUCUUCGCCCCGUGAAUCGACCACCCCCCAUCACCGGCCGCGGCCUACUCCACUCCACCCCCUCCUCCGGGCGUCGCGUUGCUUUCUUGGUCGCAGCCCAACAGACUCCCCGGCCGGCCGAGCGCGAGGAGGAAGGCAAGCGAGCGAGCGACCAUGUGCCCGGGGUCGGUGGAGGCGCCGGCGGUGGGGAAGAGCGUGUGCGUCAUGGACGCCGCGGGGCCGCUGGGCCACGCUCUCGUCGACCGCCUCCUCCGCCGGGGGUACACCGUCCACGCCGCCACGUACGGCCGCGGGGAGGAGGACGACGAAGGGGACGGCGAGGCGGCGGCGGGAGCGCUGCGCAAGCACCUCUCGCGCGGCGGUGGCGGCGGCGACGCGUACGGGCACCGCCUCAAGGUGUUCCGGGCCGACCCCUUCGACUACCACGCCAUCGCCGACGCGGUCCGCGGAUGCGCCGGCGUCUUCUGCAUGUUCAACACGCCGGACGACCAGGCGCAAUGCGAUGAGGUGACGGUGGAGGAGGAGGUUCGCGCGGCGCACAACGUGCUGGAGGCGUGCGCGCAGACGGACGCCAUGGAGCGGGUCGUCUUCACCUCCUCCGUCACCGCCGUCGUCUGGAACGGCGACGCCGACAAGGAGGAGGAGCACCUCGCCGUCGACGAGAGAUGCUGGAGCGACCUCGCCUUCUGCAGGAAAUUCAAGCUGUGGCACGCCCUGGCCAAGACGCUCUCGGAGAAGACGGCGUGGGCGCUGGCCAUGGACCGGGGCGUCGACAUGGUGGCCAUCAACGCCGGCCUGCUCACGGCGCCGGGGCUCACCGCCGCGCACCCCUACCUCAAGGGCGCCCCCGACAUGUACGGCGGCGGCGUCCUCGCCACCGUCGACGUCGACUUCCUCGCCGACGCGCACGUCGCCGCCUACGAGUGCCCCACUGCCUACGGCAGGUACCUCUGCUUCGACAACGCCGUGUGCCGGCCCGAGGAUGCCGUCAAGCUCGCGCAGAUGCUCUCGCCGGCCGCGCUACGCUCGCCACCAAGCGAAGAGCUGAAGGUGAUCCCACAGAGGAUCCAGAACAAGAAGCUCAACAAGCUCAUGCUCGAGUUCGCCAGCGGGGUAUACGGGGAGCUGGACUAGGGAUUAUUCCCUAUAUUUAUUCAGUUAAUUAAUUAUAUCCCGCAGAUGCAACUAGGGUUGUAUUCUUUUGUAUCUACUAGUAGUUGUUGUAUUCUUUUGUUUCCCCUCAAAAAGGGGAAAUUUGUUUGGCUGGCCAAAUGUGCAUACGCUGUGCAUGGCCAAGCAUGCCACAUGUAUUGAUACAGCCCUGACAAGGGUAUUUGAGUGAUUCAUUGCCAAGAAAAGUACCUAGAUUGGACAAAGGGGCAAAUAAAAUUGCAGUACUGUUACUGCCUGUGUACAGCAAA